CUAACACUCCAUUAUCAGAUCAAUUUGAUGGCUAUUAGCAGGCAGUCUUCAAAAUUUCUCAUACAUCAAUUUUUCCAUUUACGCUUUACUUCAUUUUCAUUACUUAUCAUCAAUACCGCAUCAGCUCUUUAGGUGACUAUUCUAGAGAUGUUCUUACAAAUCCUUCACCUUGCCCAAGCCGCCUUGGCAAUCUACGGCGGCAAGCAAUCUUACAUCGCCAUCACCAAUCUUCAAAAAUACGAAAAUGCAACUAAAAAGCUAGCCAAGGUCUCUACUGAGGCCGAACACCAGCGGCAGAAGACGUACGCCACACAGACCACCGGUGUCGUCACGCUAUUAUUCUCAUUCUUCAUGUCGGUACUGCUCGCUCGUCGGGGUUCGAUAUACGGGGUUUUGCCGCGCUACUUAGCCCCGGUUGCGACGAUCGUCGCUGUCUACUUUGCGAGGGAACAUAUCCGGGGCUUCUGGGCUGGAAAGACCCCUGGGAUCAAGGGCAGUCUGCCGAAAAUGGAUGAUUACGAAGAGGCAGAAAUACGAACGCAGAAGCUUCUGAAUGUGUUGGAUCUUAUAAUGUUUAGUUGGAUUGCUACAUUUGUCGUCGUUGUGUUUAUAGGGUAUUAAAUGUCAUUGGAGGUCCUCGGUCCUGAGUGCAUGGAGAUAUGCCAUGUAGAAACCAAUAAAUGAUUCCAAUAUAGUUCUAUGGCUUCCCUUUACCUGUAAUUACCUACUGUGAGUAUAGGAGAAACUCGGGUCAAGUAACUGUACAUAAAAAUAUUUAUAAAGCUUGGAUCUAACUGGAUGAUAGAAAAAUACAUCAUAUAUUUGCUUACGACCCCUACUACAUGACAUUAACACAACGGUGUAAUCUUCCCAGUCUUCAG